AUGGGAGCCCCGUUAAUCCGCGCACAGGACGUCUCAUCGCAGUCACGGCCACGGAAUGAUGGAUCGUUCAAGUUCGCCGCCAGGACGAGCUUCUCCUGUGUGGGGCGUGCCGCCGGGUACUACGCGGACGUGGAAACCGGCUGCCAGAUCUACCACAUGUGCGACGGCCUGGGGCGCCAGUUCAGCUACGCCUGCCCCAACACAACCCUGUUCCAGCAGCGGAUGCUCAUCUGCGACCACUGGUACAUGGUGAACUGCUCGAAAGCUGAGAGCAACUACGCCGCCAACCUGCUAAUCGGCCAACGGGACAAACCGUUCGUACCGGAGGAGGAAAAUGAAAUCCGUACACCACGCCCCGAUCUGCUCGAUCAGCCGGAUGCGCUCGAUUUUGUUGGGCCAGCGCUCAUGAGCUUCUUCAAGGCCACCAUUCCGGCUCCGCAGAAUGCGAUCUUCGAAAGUCAGGCCCGGUCGCGGCCCGGGGCCGUCGCGGUCCCUGGCUCCGGGAAGGCGGCGAACACCAAGAAGUCGUCGAUCGCGGAAAUUUUCCAGGAAAGUGCCAGCAACCACGGGUUACCGAUCCACUGGGCCACGCGUUACGCGGAGGAAGGUGACGAGCAGCGGGUGAAUGGGACGACCGAGCGGCCGGAAGUGGCAGAUCAGCAGGGCGCUAAAAGCAAGCGCGACGAGGAGAAGAACGAGAGCCGCAACACGGUCAGUAUCGCAGUGACGGCAACUGCGAGCCCGGCGACCGUGACACCCCGAACGAUCGGAACGUCAGCCGUGAGGCCCUCGGUUAAGGUUCCUUCGCGGCGCUACGAACCACCGUUCUUGCCGGAAGAGUCGAACCGUCGAUCGAGUUCCAGUGGCCCGGACACGACAGACCUGAACACCAUCCCAACGACCUCGUCCCGUUUGCCCACCGUCAGCAAUGCGCCGACCACUACCCGGCCACGACUAUCGACAACCUCUCGCCUCAGCACACCUCGGUCGACUGCAGCAUUCACGACGAAGACAACGACGACGACGACGAAGGUUCCCGGCACGUCAGUCAGCCCGUCCACGAGGAAGCCUUCGCAGCAGCAGCUGCCACGAGCCCAACCAGGACCUCAAUUCGCUGGCCCUCUGGCCGCUGGCAGCUCCUCCAGUCGCAGCAACAACCAACCCUCGGAUCCUCGGCAGUCCAGUCUGCCGGCGUCGCCGAUCAUCUUCAGUCCACCGGCGGCUACGGCCGGUCUCUUCGACAAUCCGUACGCCCUGCAGCGACCACAGAUCGUACCGGUUGGCACGCCACCGGACCGUGUCCCGAUUCCGUCCCGUGACCUGCUUCCACCCUACGAGAACAUCGCCAACUUCGAUCAGAUCAAAACGCGCUACACGAGCGAAUCGAUCUACACCCGGCCGGCGAUCACCAACGAACCAUCGGCGGGACCGGUAAAGACGGCCAUCGACAAGCUGGCUGAUACGGCUGAUCCUGCACCGGCCCCGGUCGCUCCAGCCCAGGGUUCCGAUAAGAUUCCACGCCCGUUCAGCAUAGCGGCGCCACCGAACGAUCUGUUGCCACCGCGAAAGGAGUACGUGUUCUACGAUGACGCCACAACGCAGGGCCCCCCAAUCUACUACCAGUGGAAGUGGUCCGUCCCUUCGUUCGGUCUCGAUCCGCCGGGGCUCGAAGCACCACCGCCGCCGCCACCGGCAGAGCUGGCCAACACCGCAGAGAACCGUCGAUCGAACCCUGGUGACGUCACGCUGCAAGCGCAGGAAGAGGAGAAGCUUAGCGCCCAGCUCAACCCCAACGCGCAGCAAGACCAGCGGGACGGUGCGGACGGUCGUCAACGGCGGGGCCAGAACCGGGAGCACAACCAAACCGCUCGGUCAAUCUCGUCCGAGACGGGCACCCACGGCGAGAACCGAGUGGUGGAGAUCGACAGCAAACGGGUGGUGCAGCUGCCCCAGCACAACUAUCUCGCACUGCGGCAACAGUUCGCGAUACCCGACUUCACGUUCCCGCUGGACUUGGGAACCGUGGCCAAGGGUGGCCAGUACGAGCAGGUCGACGCCGUGGACUCGUUCCAGGUGCAUAUCCCGAGCGAUGUGUCCGUGCGCAGUGGAAGCGAUUCGGGGAAGCGCCCCUGGUACGGUGAGAACGCCCGGUGUCCCGAGUGUCAUCCGGGGUUCCUGAGGCCGGGCACCUGUGAACCGUGCGUGAAGGUCCGACGAUGAAACACAACGGUGAACCAGCACCGAAAGGGAUUUGCGCCCGGCGCGUUCUUAUUCCGCAUCCCAUCAUCAUCAUCCCCAUCAUGUCAUCACGGCCGCGCUCUGCGUCAUCGUCAAUCGUCAGCUCUGUCGCCAUUCUCAUCGUCGUCGUACCGCCCUCACCAGAUCCGGAUCCGCGAUCCGCGGGUCGCGAUCUGCGAUCCGCAUUUGUUCUGCCUCUGCACUUUCGCCCAUUUCAUGCGCCAGACGUCGUCGUCGUCGUGCCGAUGUAAAUACACAGUUUUUUGUCUAUAAUAUACCA